AUGCGCAGUCAUUUCAUCGUCUCGCUGCUGGCACUAGCCACCAGCUCAGGUGUCGCGGCGAAAGAGAACUGCAAAUGCUUUCCUGGUGACUCUUGUUGGCCUUCUGACGCCGAAUGGAGUCGUCUCAAUAACACCGUCGGAGGUCGUUUGGUGGCUACUUUGCCCUUGGGAAGUCCUUGCCAUGAUCCCAACUACAAUGCUAAGGAGUGCAAGAAUUUGCAGAACGAAUGGCACUACUCCUCAAUUCAUUCCCAGUCGUCUUCGUCUAUGAUGGCACCUAUCUUCGCUAACCAGUCUUGCGAUCCCUUCCAACCCAGAGACAAGCCUUGUACCUUGGGCAACUACGUCCGAUAUGCCGUCAACGUUACAUCGAUUGAAGACGUUGCCGCUGCCUUGGAAUUCUCCAAGGAGAAGAACAUUCGAUUUGUUAUUCGCAAUACGGGCCAUGACUAUCUCGGCCGUUCAACUGGUGCUGGAGCUCUUUCUGUUUGGACUCACUACCUCAAAAGCACUGAAGUCAUUGAUUGGAAAGACAAGUACUACAAAGGAAAGGCUCUCAAAGUCGGUGCAGGAGUGCAAGGCUUCGAGGCUUUGGGUGCUGCACACGCAAAAGACCUUGUGGUUGUGACUGGGGAAUGUCCCUCUGUAGGUCUUGUCGGAGGGUAUACGCAAGGUGGUGGCCACUCCGCCUUGAGCACCAAUUUCGGCCUGGCGGCAGAUAAUACCCUCGAGUUCGAAGUUGUUACUGCAGACGGGAAGUUGGCCAGGGCAAACAGAAGCAAGAACAGUGAUCUUUACUGGGCUUUAAGCGGUGCGGGCUCUGGGAACUACGGAGUAGUGGUCUCAGCUACAGUGCAAGCUCACCCAGAAGCCAAGGUCAGCGGCGCCAGUUUUCUCGUUACAGCACCUGAAGGUCAACCAGACUUGAUCUACGACGCCAUUGACGCUUUCCACGCCGCUCUUCCGAAGAUUGUUGACUCGGGUGUCAUGAUUAUCUACUUCUUCUCUAACUCGUUUCUUCAAAUUCCUGCCUUGACAGCUUACGAUAAAACUGAAGCAGAGGUUAAGAGAAUUCUUCAACCUCUAGCUGAGUCUCUGGCUACUCUUGGUUUCAAGUUUGAACCAACAUUUACUCACUUUUCGAGCUACUACGAACACUACGAUCACUAUUGGGGGCCUCUUCCUGCUGGAAAUAUUCAGAUUGGAACUCAGAUAUUCGGUGGCCGUUUACUGCCGCGCGACAAGGUUAAUGACUUCGCACCUACAGCACGAAAGCUAGCAGAGUUGGGUGUUAUCUACAUCGGUGUAGGACUCAACGUAUCAAAGUUUGGCGGUGACAGCGGCAACGCAGUUCUACCACAAUGGCGACAUUCCGUGGCUCAGGUAUCUCUGACUCUUCCUUGGGAUAACGAAGCUCCCUGGGAGGAGAUGUUGGCUGCUCAGAAAAAGAUGACUGAGGUGAUCCAGCCAGUUAUUGAGUCCGCGACACCAGGUGCUGGAGCUUAUAUCAACGAAGCCGAUUUCCAACAACACAACUGGCAGGAGACUUUCUAUGGCGUCAAUUACGACAAACUUCUCAAGAUCAAAAGGAAGUAUGAUCCCGAGCAUUUAUUCUAUGCUACAGUGGCGGUUGGUAGCGAGGAAUGGAGCGUUGCUGAGAAUGGGCGUAUGUGUAGAGCAGAGACUUAG